CUGUGGAUGUAGCCGUGCAGGGACCUCGGAGGUAAAAGGAUUGCGUCUUCCAAGCACAGUUGGCAAUUCAGCUGCUUGGCAUAGCAUCAUCCGAGUGUGUUUUACCAGCUGCCUGACAGGCUGAGACAAUAUGGGAUUCAAGCACAAGACUUUUUAAAGCAGCGGGUCAAGCAAAAUGUGAAAAAUGAAGAGAGCGACUUUCCCUAAUCAAUAAUAGCAUAUUAAAUAAAAUAAAAAAGAUACCACACUAAUACUGACAGGAACAUAAACAACCAGUAGCGUGGUUUUAUUGAACUCUUUCGGAACGUUAAAUAAAGACUAGGAUAACUAGGAUAUAUUCGUUUUUAGUGUUGAAACUAAAUAAAAAAUGGUCUGUAUAAAGGUGUUCACCGGGACAGUUCAGACUUUCCAACUCACAAGUUUAUUUUUUAUUUUAAAUAGUCAGUUACUACACCGACAUUCCCAGCGGCCUUCUCUCUGUGCAACGCUUGUUUUGAGUUAAUUUGAGACAAUCAUUUGCAGAGCCGCUUUUUCUACCUUAUCCCCCGGAACCACCGGACAGGUGUAGGAGGACUGGAAAUACAAGCUGCCUGCCCGACUCAGAGGCUCGCAUCCCACAAUGCACCGCGGGCAGAGCCACUGUGGAGCUGGAAUGUUGUUGCUGUCAAUGGGAGCUUCACCAGAGAAACUUUUACAGACAAAAUAUGACUACAAAGCGGCUUUAAUAGCUCUUACCAGACCCGGAAUAUUUGUUUCCUACCCAGCAACUUGGCUGCAGCAUCCUGUCUUAAAGAAUGAAUAUUGAAGACAAGUUGGAAGGUAUUUUUCUUAAAUGCAGUAGCACAGCAGAGAUGCAAACUCCCAGAGGUCUGGUUGCUCCAGAGCAGACAGUGAGGGGUAAAAUGGGGUGCCAGGAUUCAGGGCUGGGAGAAGGUGACCUCCCCCAUGACGUCAUUCUGGGUGAGGAGGAUGAUGAAGACCUACAGGACAGCCAUCUGCCUCAACAGGAGCUCAUCCCCCAUGAUGAGCUCAUGGUUCACGAGGAGACAGUGAAGAAUGAUGAUGAGGACCAAGAAAUGCAUGACAGGCUUCCCCAGGAGCUGCACUAUGCCAUUGCAUUUACCGGUAAGGUACAUGUUAAAGAAGAAAUAAAGUUAUCAGAAGAGCCAGUACAGAUGAAAAAGGACAGUAAACAGCCCAGAGACAUGAUUGAUUGUCAGAAAAAGAAGAAAAGAAAACAGCGUUCUCCUGCAAAGAUUCUUACAAUAAAUGAAGAUGGGUCCCUAGGGCUUAAGAGUCCAAAGUCUCACAUUUGUGAACACUGCAGUGCUGCCUUCCGAACCAACUACCAUUUACAGAGACAUGUCUUCAUCCACACAGGUGAGAAGCCAUUUCAGUGCAGCCAGUGUGAUAUGCGUUUCAUCCAGAAGUACCUGCUGCAAAGACAUGAAAAGAUUCACACUGGUGAAAAACCAUUUCGCUGCGAUGAGUGUGGAAUGAGAUUUAUACAGAAAUACCAUAUGGAGAGACACAAGAGAACCCACAGUGGAGAAAAGCCUUACCAGUGUGAAUACUGCCAUCAGUACUUUUCCAGGACUGACCGGGUACUGAAGCACAAGCGCAUGUGCCAUGAGAAUCGGGACAAGAAAUCCAACAAAGCUGCAGCUAAGGCAGGACUCUUGGGAAGUGAUGAAGACUUGGGCUUCGCCCCUCCCCCAAAGGAAAGCUCACUGCCAAAGAAAAAGAGGCAGAAGACCGGUGAGAAACCGAGGACUUUGGUGGCUCUUCCUGAGAAAGACGAUGGUGGAGAAAACCUUGAGCAAAAGAAUGUCAAAAACGACUAUUUGCCUUUGUAUGCAAUUGCCUCCAAAGUGAAAGAUGAGUAUAUGGUGGCCGAGUAUUCCGUAGAGCUGCCGCACUCCUCUCUUGGUGGUGGACAGUUGGGUGAAUCGUCAUCUCAGAUUAUACACCCUCCUAAAUUAGUCCUUAAAAAGGUUACAAACAAGAGAACGCAGAAACAGCCCUUGGUCGAAAGCCAGAAUAUGUCCCCUUUGUCUUCUUCAUUUGAAGAAAAUAAAGUUACCAAAUACUCUUUUGAACUUGUGGACAAGCGGGUUCUUCUAGACUCAGAGAGUAACGCUGACAUGGACCAGGUAGACGCCCUGCAGGUGGGUCCAAGCAAGCCUGCAGCCAGCAGUAAUAACUAUGAUGAUGCCAUGCAGUUUUUAAAAAAGAAAAGGUAUUUGCAGGCAGCCACUAAUAAUAGCAGGGAUUAUGCCCUAAAUGUUAGCACAAUAGCAUCUCAGCCCUCUGUCACCCAAGCAGCUGUGGCCAGUGUCAUUGACGAUAGCGCCACUGUCUCUAUUUUGGACACACAGACGUUAAAUGUUGAAAUGAAGUCUGGCCAUGACAAGAAUGUUAUUCCAGACGAGGUACUCCAGACUCUUCUAGAUCACUAUUCCAACAAGGCAAAUGGACAACAUGACAUCUCUUUCAGUGUGGCAGACACCGAAGUGACAUCCAGCAUAUCAAUUAACGCAUCUGAUGUUACCGAGGUCAGCCAGGCUGAGACUGUUGGGACGAGUUCCCAGGCCGCUUCUACAGAAAAAGCCAGCAUGUUCCAGGAGUAUUCUAAAUUUCUUCAGCAAGCCUUGGAUAGAACUAGCCAGAAUGAUGCCUAUUUAAAUAGCCAGAGCCUUACUUUUGUGACCGAGAGCCAAACUCUUUCCAGCCAACCUUUGUUUUCCACAAUUGAUAAGCAGUAUACCUUGUCUAACCGGUCCGGCUUUCGAUCCGGGAUGAACUCUCCAUUGAGGUCCUCUUCAGAGAAGUCUCACUUUGGGCUAAUCGUAGGAGACUCUCAGCACUCCUUCUCAUUUUCAGGGGAUGACACUAACCACUCUUCUGUCUCGCCUGCGGAAGACUUUUUAGAGCAGGUUACCUCUUCAAAAAAGACUGACACCCAGCCGAUCCAUCAGGCCUUUCAGAUCGGUACUUUUGAGCAGAACUUCAGAUCUCAGUUCCAAAGCUCAAGGUCUGGAAUCUCUUCCCAGUUCAACACUGCCAAUGGACAAGUGAGCCUGCGUGGACAUGGGGCUAGCACAGACUUCCCUGAGUUCCCUUUGGUUAGUGUGACUGAGAGCAGAACCCAGAUGACUUCUUCACCAGAUGCCACAACCAGCCAAACAUUUGGUUAAAUGAAAUCUAUAUAUAAAAGGCACUUUACAUCCACAUUUUUUUUUUUUUUAACUCGCAUUUGUGGGAAAACUUUUUAAAUCUGACCAACCCACAGUUAAAAUGUAAAAGACUUUGUUUCCCUUUUAACCUACCAUUUCAUCCAAGGUCAAGAAGAAAAAUACCAUUGUUAUUUAUCUCGCAAUAGUUCCUUUGCAUGCCGCUUUCAAUUUUUUUACUUCUGGGUUUAUUUUAACCUUGGAUUUCCAUACCCCAGAUUGUCCUGAAUAAUGCGACCAGAAGUCAAACCUGCCAGUCCACAGUCCUGUAGUUUCAAGUAUGGCAUCGGUGUAACCCCCUUCCCAAGCCAGUUAUGGCUUAGCAAUAUUUGCAGUUUAUAGAAAAAUAUGUUGGUAUUUGUACUGACAUUUGGUAUAUUUCUCACCUAUUUUUAUUUUUAGAUUUUUUACUUUUAAUAAUACAAUGUGUUUUUUUACUACUGUAUCGUAUUGGCCUGAACGUUGUAUUUUGGAGACUAUCGUACUGAUAACUCUCACUGUAACUGAUGAACAGUUAGACUGAGUUUGCUAUGGAAUCAUAUAUAAAUUUUUGGUAGCUGACUGUAACUCUGGAUUAGAUGGGGGUAAUUUCAGUGGCAUUUAUUGGAACAUCAGUAAAGGAAAAUAUAAAACAUACUGUAACUGGGCAAUGUAGUAUAAGACCUUUUUUAAAUAUAUGCUGUAGAGGCAGUUAUAUAAUGAUUACUGUUGAAAAAGUAGAAAUGUUUAUUUUUCAAUUUAAAAAAUCAGGCACGUAUUUAAAGGCUAAUACAUAGUAGAUUGGAUUUAAUUGCAUUGAAACGCUUUUUAAAAACUAAAAUCGAUGAAAAUAUUGAAGAAAUUGAUAUGAUUUAAUUUACUUUUGUAACUAAGUAGACAAUUCGUUUCGUUAAGUAUGUUAAAUACUAUAAUCUAAAACCCCAAGGAAAUUGGAUUGCACUUAAUUGCCUUUUAUAUGCUACCUUACAAAUAAGGUAUGUAAGUUCUUAAGUACCACAGAGCAUGAUAAAAACAAGUGCAAUUGACCAAAUUUGUAUUGCAUAGUGCAUGAUUUUUAGUUUCCCAAAUGUUUUUUUUUUUUCUUUUUUUGUUAUGAGAUAUUAUAGUGAAUAUGAUAUCAGUAUUUUUUCAACACUGCAGGUCUUUAUAGAGGAUUUGGAAAGAUAACUCAAAAGGUCAUAACAUUUGAAGGGCUUGUGAUCCUUUCAGGCCAUUCCAAUAAUUAUUAUUAUUAUUAUUAUUAUUAUUAUUAUUAUUUGCUUAUUUAGCAGACGCCUUUAUCCAAGGCGACUUACAGAGACUAGGGUGUGUGAACUAUGCAUCAGCUGCAGAGUCACUUACAACAGCGUCUCACCCGAAAGACUGAGCACAAGUAGGUUAAGUGACUUGCUCAGGGUCACACAAUGAGUCUGUGAGUGAGCCAAGUUUUGAACCGGGGACCUUCUAAGCCCUUUUCUUUAAAAAUAAAAAAAUUACAAAAUGAAACUUUUAUUAAAUAAUGCCAAACAUUGUAAAUGCAUUUCAACACAGCCAGUGCCAUCAAUGGAAAAGAUGAUAGACAAAAUGUGGAUUAUAACCAGACUCCCAUUGCAUAGCAGUUUUGAGCAUUCCAAGUUUUCGUUUCUCACACAUGAGGUUAUUUAUGCAAACCAUCCCCACACAAUAUUCUUCAUGUGGUGGCAGUUGAUAUUUAUCCAUGUACAUCUAUUUUACCAUCUGUGCAUUGAAUCUUGAUAUAUGGCAAGCACUUGUUCAACUGACAAAGUCAAGUACUGUUAUGCAAUUUCAACAAUGCACUACUUACUCGUGAAUUUAUUUAUUUGUAUUUUCCCUCUCACACAUUAAACAGAUUUCCAAUGAUAAUUUGUAUUCCAUUGAUCUUGUUAAAGCCAUCAGUAGGUCUAUGUUGAUCAAAUAUGGUUUGGUUUUAAACGGGAUCUUACAGCGGGAAUAUGAAGGGAAAACCCUCAAGUGAAGGAAAAGUAGAUUUAAAAGUUUAAAAAAAAAAUAGGACAGUUGAGUUUCCUAUUAGACUCGUACUGUUGUGUUUUCAGAUCCAAGUGAUGUUCAGUAAUUAACUUCAACACUGAGUCACUACACAGAUAGAUAACCCUACAGUACUAAGUCGCUUUCAUUAAAACAAAUAGUUUCUGUAUAGUUUAUUUCCUUGACUGUAGUACUGGUCUGCAGCGUUGAAAGGGUUACAUUAUUUAUAGAAACUUUUAAGGGAUAUUCUAACUUCUACACUGUAUGUUAUCAUUUGUCCCAUGAGUGCCUUUGCAUACAUAAUCUUCAUUUUUCAUUAAAACUUAAAAGCACUUUUGUUACAUUUUCAACACCUAAUGUAUGACAGCCUUUCAGAUUCAUUUAUAAACCUUACAUUUUAAAGCACUUUUAACUUUUUUUAAAAUCUCUAAUUUAAAGUCAACGGUGUUAUUGAUUGUGUACGGUUAACACUUUACAAAUACAGAUAUCAUCUGGAGGCUCGCUUUUAAUAACUUGUCAUUAAAAUAUUGCUGUAUCCUAGCUUUUCUGUGUAAAAAGGCCAUACAUGUAUCAUAUCCUUGAAGUACAGAAUUUCGUAUAGAGCUUUGUGUUAACCUGUUAUCUGAUUUGACACUCUAAUAAUUGUAAAUGUACAAAAAAUUACAGCCUCAAGAGUGCAUUUCAGAUUCAUUAUAAAUUGAACAAUUUUAGCCUUAUCUGGGCAACUGUAUACUUUGAACACACAAGAAAAUACAGCAUUUGAAUUUGAAUUGUUUGGUUGGCCCCUUUUAUUUUUUUUAAUGCACACUGUUACCAUAAUGGCUGUUUUGCUUUGAGAUGAUAAACGUUUUUUAUGGCAGUCUUCCCAGUUUUUAACUGUAUAUAGGUGUAUUGUGAGUUAUUGUUUUUAUCAUGAGUUGUACCUACAUUGUAAAUACAAUAAAUCAUGACUGCUUUUUAUUCAGACAUUAAAAUCUGUUCUGACAAUCAAUUGUAGUUAUGCAUUCCAUUUGGUUUAAAGGUGAUUACAGAAGGAGGUUUGUGUUGCCUGUAAAUAUGUCAUGUAUUUGAAGUUCAUACUUUCGGUUUUCUGUAAAUAUAACUCGUGUGAAGCCGGUAUAAUCUGAUCUCAAUAACAAUAACGUGCUUCUGAGUUAAGCAAUAAUGUAUCAAAUGUUUAACUGGAUUCAAGCCAGGGGAUUGAAAAUAUAUGUAUUUUGUUGAUUACACAAUACUGACUACAAUUACUAACUUGAAACUAGUUUCUUUUAGCAGUUCUCAUAAAUUAAGUUUUAUUAUACAGUUUCUACCCUGUAUAAUAUUUUGGAAAUGUUCAUUAUAAAAGUGCCCAAAGUAUCUUGUAUCCAGUGAAUUUAUUUCCAUUAUUGCAGUUCAGUGUUUAUUUUUAUUAUUGAUUUAAUAUUUAGUGUAUUUGGCAAUCGCAUUAGACUUUUGCGCAUGUUUUCAUAAGAGAAAAAAAUAACUGGAUGAGCUGCAUUUAGUGGAAUAGUAUAGAUAUUAUAUAUCUAUACAGAGCAGCCAACCCUGCUUACAAUAAUUCUACUCGCACAAACCACAUCCUAAAUAUGUUACAUACGUUUCAUCAGAAUGUGUUUUUAAAUGCUAGCUGUUUGUUAUAUGUGCUUUACAGAAUUCUUUUUUGUCACUUUUAGUACACUGGUUAUCUAUAUUUGAUAUGUAAUGUAAGCUUGUUAUUGUAGCUGAUGCAUUUCCGUAAAAAAAAAAAAAAAAAGAUUUUUGCAAUAUUAUGUACAAGUUUUGUUUGUUAAUCUAAUUAUACUGGAUAUCGUUUGUUUAAGAGUGUGCCUUUUUGUCACUGUGACUUAUUUUUUUAAACUAUAUAAAAUUGAAAAGAUUGUCAGAA